AUGUUCGCCCAAAUCUCUGCCAGAGGUGAAGAAAAAGAUACGCUAUCGGACGCGGAAUGCAGAGCCCAGCCCAUGGCAUGGGUCCCGAAUUCCGUCUUCAGUACCUGCAGUCUCGGCAGUGCCGUGGCGGUGCGCGCAGAUGUCCACGAAAUUUCACCCCGCGCUUUGCUCAAACGCACGUGGAGGAUCGCCGAUCAGUUCCCAAAACGACGCACUGUUGGGUCACGCUGGUCCAACAGCCGGCUGAAGCCGGUGCCUACAGCAUGUUGGUGCCCCCUGCCGCAGAUCGCCGCGGCAGACCCCGGCCCCCGCUCGAUCGAGAUUGGAUCGGCCACUCCUCCGUCCACAACCGACGCGCAACCGGGUUCGCGGGACCGGUUUCACUGCGGUGCUUCCACUGCUGCACGGAAGCUUUUUGCGGGGGAUGCAAUCCGCAAGUGGCCGACUGCCCAGUACCUUCCUUUCUUGGCAAUGAGCGGCCGCCAGUUGGCAGCAGCCAUAUCUCCUUCAUCUCACUUCCGCUUCCACUCCCGCUCCCGCGUCGGACCUCCCGCGCCUGCUCCGGAGCCGAAGCUGAGCGGAACAGGCAUCGGCCCGAUAACCAGUUGCGUCUGCGUCGCCGACAGUGUCUUCCCCCAUUUCUGA